UCAACAGGUGUCACAUCAGAACCACCAUCUAAUUCUACUUCAGGAUCAACUAUGGCUACCACACUAGAAAAAUCAACAGAUUCCUCUACAACCGUAGGCCAAGUUCUUACACUGGAAAUUAGCUUCAUCACUGCAGAGCCAUUCAAUAAUGACUUAUUAAACACAACUUCACCUGCUUACACUGAACGUGCAAAACGUAUCACAGAUGAGUUUGAGCCAGAUUUUAAAACCAAAUACAUGAACUUCAUUAAUCUGAGAGUGAUUGGUUUCAGAUCUGGGUCAACCAUCUCAGAGUUUAAUGCAUCAUUCAGUGAAAGUCGACCUGAUAUUUCUUCAAUCAGUGAGAUUAUGUUCAGUGCAAAUACAAGCUUUGAAAUUACAAGCCUCAGUGUAAAUGGACUUUCAUAUGAACCACCAACAACAACUACAACACAGACUUCAACAACUGCAGCUACAACAGAAAUGACAACAGAAGUUCCAGCAAGCACAGACAGUACCACAGUUGCUACUUUGGAAACAACAACAAGUACUGCUACCCUGUUGACCACAGAGAGUACACUGCAAACGCAGACAUCAACAGCUGUCACAUCAGAACCACCAUCUAGUUCUCCUUCAGUAGCAACUACAACUAUCACACAGCAGACAUCAACAGGUGUUACAUCAGAACCACCAUCAACUUCUCCUUCAGAACCAAGUACAACUAUCACACUGCAGACAUCAACAGCUGUUACAUCAGAACCACCAUCAACUUCUCCUUCAGGAUCAACUCCAGCUACCACACUGCAGACAUCAACAGCUGUUACAUCAGAACCACCAUCAACUUCUCCUUCAGAACCAAGUACAACUAUCACACUGCAGACAUCAACAGCUGUUACAUCAGAACCACCAUCUAGUUCUCCUUCAGUAGCAACUACAACUAUCACACAGCAGACAUCAACAGGUGUUACAUCAGAACCACCAUCAACUUCUCCUUCAGAACCAAGUACAACUAUCACACUGCAGACAUCAACAGCUGUUACAUCAGAACCACCAUCAACUUCUCCUUCAGGAUCAACUCCAGCUACCACACUGCAGACAUCAACAGGUGUUACAUCAGAACCACCAUCAACUUCUCCUUCAGAACCAAGUACAACUACCACACUGCAGACAUCAACAGCUGUUACAUCAGAACCACCAUCAACUUCUCCUUCAGGAUCAACUCCAGCUAACACACUGCAGACAUCAACAGGUGUUACAUCAGAAGCUACCACACUGCAGACAUCAACAGGUGUUACAUCAGAACCACCAUCAACUUCUCCUUCAGGAUCAACUCCAGCUAACACACUACAGACAUCAACAGCUGCUACAUCAGAACCACCAUCAACUUCUCCUUCAGAACCAAGUACAACUAUCACACUGCAGACAUCAACAGCUGUCACAUCAGAACCACCAUCAACUUCUCCUUCAGAACCAAGUACAACUAUCACACAGCAGACAUCAACAGCUGUCACAUCAGAACCACCAUCAACUUCUCCUUCAGAACCAAGUACAACUAUCACACUGCAGACAUCAACAGUUGUCACAUCAGAACCACCAUCAACUUCUCCUUCAGAACCAAGUACAACUAUCACACUGCAGACAUCAACAGGUGUUACAUCAGAACCACCAUCAACUUCUCCUUCAGAACCAAGUACAACUAUCACACUGCAGGCAUCAACAGCUGUUACAUCAGAACCACCAUCUAGUUCUCCUUCAGUAGCAACUACAACUAUCACACAGCAGACAUCAACAGCUGCUACAUCAGAACCACCAUCAACUUCUCCUUCAGUACCAAGUCCAGCUAUCACACAGCAGACAUCAACAGUUGUUACUUCAGAACCACCAUCAACUUCUCCUUCAGGAUCAACUCCAGCUACCACACUGCAGACAUCAACAGCUGUUACAUCAGAACCACCAUCAACUUCUCCUUCAGAACCAAGUACAACUAUCACACUGCAGACAUCAACAGCUGUUACAUCAGAACCACCAUCUAGUUCUCCUUCAGUAGCAACUACAACUAUCACACAGCAGACAUCAACAGCUGCUACAUCAGAACCACCAUCAACUUCUCCUUCAGUACCAAGUCCAGCAAUCACACUGCAAACAUCAACAGCUGUCACAUCAGAACCACCAUCUAGUUCUCCUUCAGUACCAACUACAACUGUCACACUGCAGACAUCAACAGCUGAUCAACUACAGUAA